AUGACGAUCCCCGCGAAGGUACAGAUGAAAAAGCAGAGAUUUGGCUCCUCCGUGGGGAGCUCUGAUUCUGCUGUUUCCAACACAACGCCGUCCUGUGUUUGUCGGGAAGGCAACGUCCCCUACGGCCCCCGUGCCCUGUGGACCAGGAGGCGUUCAGAGCCCAGGCGGGCGGGCGGGCAGGCUCUCGCCGAGCCGCGCGCAGCCUCUGGGCACGCAGGGCGCGCUCUCCCCGCAGGCCCCUACCUUCGGCGCUCGCUCGCGAAAGGGCUGCCGGCUUCAGGCCACACCGCGCGCCUGGCCUCAGAUCCAAGGCAGGGGAGGAGCCGCGGAACCUGGGCGGGCCAGGCGGCACCUGCGAAGAGGGUCAGGAGCCCGUGCGGGACCCGGCUUUGUGAGCCCGGCCCUUCUCCUGGCAACCCCAACGCCGGCUGGGCGCCCGGCAGCCUCCGCCCAGGGUCUCCGCGCCACGUCACAGAGCCUCGCGCCCCGGGGACCUGCGCCCGCGCCCCGCCACCUCCCGCAGCCGGAGUUCUCAGGCUCAGGCGGGGGCGCGGGGCCCAGAGACGGCCGCUGCCUUCCUUCGGGCUCUGCUUCUGGUGGAAGGGCUCGACGCCUGGAGGGCUAGGGGUGGGCCGAGCCCGGGCGCCGAGGGCGGGUAGCAAUGCACGGCGGGCCUCGAUGAGGGAACCAAGCAGAGUUCUUAAAUAAUGCCCAAGAUGACAGCCAGACAGCGACAGUCAGAACUUUGAACCCAGGCUGCAGGGUCCAGAUUCUUAAACUGUAACGCGGAGGAGCUACGGUGGAUAGGAAGAGCCCAGAUGCCAGGGACAGCAGGGAAAGGAAGAAAAUAUUCACUUGUACAAUCGGGUCACUUUCCUGGUCCCCAACCCCCUUACAGACAUAAUGCCAUCGCCAUCCCAGGGUGACUGAAGGUAUGUCAUUUUGGACAUAAAAAGCAGGCUCAAAACUUGA